GUGCUCUCUCACAGCCCCUCUCUGGAUGCAUCAGAUCCCUCCUCCCCGGGGCCCUGGACCCGGCGUGUGACUCCACCGACGUCGCCCCGCUCCCCCUCCGUCUCCGCUCACCCUGCCUGCCGCUCGGCCCCACCUGUUCGCCCCGGGGCGUCGGCUCUGGGCCCCCUGCCCCUCGACCGGAGGGCAGAGGCAGGGGGCCAUGGCGCCACGGUAGCCAGGCCCCUCGCCAUGAGCAGCGUGAUCCCGUCGGAGAGCAGCAGGAUCCAGGGGUCAGACUUAACCCUGCUUCACUACAAGCCCUUCAGCUCGCAUGAACACUACCAGCAGGUGAUGAGAGCUCACCGUAAACUCCAGGAGAGCGGCUUUUACUGGGGGGCCAUUGGGGGCCGGGAGGCCAACUACCUGCUGCGCUCCGAACCCCCCGGCACUUUCCUCAUCCGCGACUCUUCGGACCGCCACCAUUUCUUCACCCUGUCCGUGCGGACGACCCGAGGAACCAAGAACCUGCGCAUCCACAGCGAGGAAGGGGGCUUCUUCAUGGAGCCGGACCCGCAGAACACCGAGGAGCUGCCGCAGUUCGACUGCGUAUUGAAACUCGUCUCGCACUACAUGGGGAGACGGCCGGACGCGGAGCGGACCGGGGACGGGGCGUGCGGCGGGAACGCCGCGGAGAAGGGACACACCGUUUACCUGAUCCACGCCGGCGAGGAGAAAAUCCCGCUGGAGCUUCUGAAGCCUCUCGUCAGCUCCAUCUCGUCCCUGCAACACAUGUGUCGGAGGACUCUGAACAAAGCGGGCCUCGGGGAGCUGGAGCAGGCUGAGCAGCUCCCGCAGACGCUCAGAGACUUCAUGCAGAAGUACGACGCUCCUAUCUGACGGGCCGCUUCUCAAGAGCCGGUCGGACUGAAAUGAGGUCGCUGUGACCGGAACCGGUUUUAUUUUUUAAUUAAACCGCUGUUGGACGCUGUCUACGUCAACUCCCAGGUGCCGGAGUCUGAUCUGGGUGGCCGGCGAUUACCUCGUCUCUCCCGCCUGGGGGAGAACCUGACCACUAGUGCGUGGUGGCAGAUGAAACCAGAGGUCAGCGUUUCCUAUGACUGACUCAGACGCAGAGCAGAGCCUCGUAGAAGAUUGUAAACGACGCCCGGGGAUCACGUCGUCACUGAUGCCGGUGGGGUUUUUUUUCAACGCUCUUAAGAAAAACCACGUCCUUAUUUUUUCCAAUAUUUUGGAUCACAGGACAGAGAGACGGGGAAGGGAGUGAAUGAAGGAGGAGUUGAAGAGAAAAGGCAAAGUCCAAACGAGAAGAGAGAGAGAGAGAGAGAGCGGGGAAGAGAGCCCGGCAUACAGUAUUUGUUUGUCUGAGUGUGUGCGUUGUGGUUGUGCACAUAUUUCCAUUCCCUUUUCCCGCAAAUGUUGCCACAUAGAGGGGAGUGGGCUGUCCAUGCACGCUAGCUCCACACACACACACACACUCAUGCAGGUACCGGCCCACAUGAAGGUUUUGUUUGAGUGGGGCAACAAAAAAAAAAAAAAAAAAUCAUUACAAAGCGUUUCUUCUUCUGCUAUUUGUUUCUUGUUCCUCCUCCAUUACCCAAACCCUCCAUCUUUUUUUUUUUUUUUUUGAUGAAUGUGCGCCGUGACAGCGACAGAAAACAGACCGCAGUCGCCGAGACAAAAGCUUGUUAUUGACACAAGGGCGUUUUGGCUGGAGGACCAAAUGAAUGAAGAAGAAGACGAAGAAGAAAUUAUUUUUAUCCAGACUGCAAAGAUGUAAAGAUCGCUGGAGAUUUGCAGUAAUAAUCCUGGGGAUGUGGAAGGAAGAAGGGUGGGAAGAUAGCAGGGGGGGUAGAAGAGCGGGAAAUGGGAUUAGGAAAGGGGAAACUGAAGGAGGAGGAGACAUACUGGUAUACAGCUUGAUAAAAACACUGAUUAGAUUGAUGAUGCAGUCCGACAGGAUGUAGCUUGUGUAAAUAUAACGGCUUUGGCUCCGUCUGAAAUCAGCUCUUUUAGAGCAUUUUAGCUAGAAAUGCGACGACCUGACCUGUACCGUGCCGACAGUGAUGUCCGAUUUGGAUUUGGAUUCAUGACCUGUCAAUUUCAAUGCUAUUUCUUUUAUUUUAGGACUAUAAGACAAACCCAUUUACGUGUAUAUGUUGUUUUAAUUUGGCAGCUAAAGGGCUGCAGAGUCCAAUAUGAAGGAAGUAGCUUCAAAACCAAAGGAAAAUUAUCAAAGUUUUCCUGCAUAGAAUUCAAAAUAAACUGCAUCAAAGGCGUGAUGUUUGUUAAUACGUUUACACAGACAAAAAAAUAUGUGAGGUUUAAAGCAUUAAAUGUACAGACGGGAAUUUGAGAUGCACCGAUUGAUCAGCUAGAGAUUGGAAUCGGCUGAUUUUUCCCUCAGUGAUGGACACGCCAGAUGGUGGAAAACAAAUAGUUUUCCUGGUAAAUAAAUGAAUCAAAACUGCUUUUUUUUGGUUAGUGAUAAAUAUUAGAAUUUGGCUCAACCGGUUUGCAACCCAGUUUUAAAUUGACCGUUGAAAGACAAAGCAUGAAUCUGCAUUUCAUUGUCCAUUCUGAGCCAGGAACUCCAUAUGCAAAAUGCUGGUGAAGAUUCUCAAUCAUCCAGCUUAUGAUCAUUCCAAAAAAGUUAAAAAACAAAACAACUGGAUUUUUUUUUAAGAUGUUUCGC